AUGAACUUCACGGAGGCCAGGUCUCCGGCGGACGCCGAGAGUCUCACUAUGCAGCCGCACUUUGUGUCAGAGGCGGAUGCGCGGCACCACUGCCAAGGGCAGCGGCGGAUUGCCAUCACCGACGCGGACGAGCGAUUCAUGGCGCAGUGGCGGAGAGACCAUCCUGAAGACGUGCAAGCCAUGCGCGCAUUCUGGGAGCAGAAGAAGGCGGAGAGGAGAGCGGCGAGAGCGGAGAAGAGGCAGAGGAAGGCCGCCAUUCUGGAGGAGUAUGCCAAAGGAGAGGCGUGGACGCUCGACGAGAACUCUGAGAGGUGGCUAGACAUCAUCAAGUCGACCGCGUUGGAGGACACCGAAAGCGAUUCGGAUAUUGACUGGGAUUAG